AUGUCUGCCGCGGCACCGGCGGCGGUAUCAACAGCACAUGUCAACGUCGAGACGGCUUCGAGCCUCGACGCGUCGACCUCGAGCUCGCUGCUCUCCCCACCACGUCCCCGCCUUCCAUCCUCCCGCAGCGCACCGAGCGUCUCUGCCGCCGCCGCCUCCGCGUCUCCCUUCACGUCCGACGAGUCGCGUGCCCCAUCCCCAGCCGUCGCGUCGCUCGUAGCCACCCCGCACACACCGCGCUCGCGCCGAGUCUCCGCUACCGGUGCGACACCAAUACGCACACCAAGCCGGAAGGGCAAGGAGCGCGCCGCGGAGGUCGAGGCUGACGCGAUCGGCGAGGUGAGCGUGCAAGGCAGCGCGCGGCGCGGGUUGCGGGAGCUUGUCGCUCGUGAUGAGCGGCGGCGCGAACGGGAACGGGAGCGGGACAGGGAGCGAGGGCUACCAGUAGCGCGUACCAAGGACAUGACGGACGUAUCACCGGCGCCAGAAACGGCAGAUGCCCGGCCGCGGCGAUAUUAUGUCCUCACGAACGCCGGCAAGCCUGUUUUCAGCAUCGGGCACGCGGACGAGGACACGCUCACCAAUCUCAUGGGCGUGGUGCAGGCGCUGGUUUCGAUCUUCGCCGAGGACGACGAUAAACUGCGCUCCGUCGUUCGCGGGCGCACACGUAUCGCCUUCCUCAUCAAGCCGGAGAUGUACCUCUUCGCGGUCAGCGACUGGGGCGAGCCGGAGCACGUCCUCCGCAUGCAGCUCGAGUACAUCAACCUGCAGAUACUGAGCGUCGUAUCGGCCGCGCAGCUCGCGCGCGCAUUCGCCCGCCGUUCCAAUUUUGACCUCUCGCGGCUGCUGGUGGGAAGCGAGAAGUUCCUCCACUCGCUUGUCGAGACCUGCCAAGACGACCUGAGUUUCAUGACCACAACGUUGCAACCAUUACGCAUGCCGCCCGCGCUACGCGAGAGCGCGGGCAACACUCUCACGCCUCCUGCCAAGUUCAAAGACUUGUUGUACGUUCUUCUUAUUGCGGGUGGGCGGAUAGUCACCCUCCUCCGACCGCGGCGGCACGCAGUGCAUCCCGCAGACAUGCACCUGCUGUUCAACACAAUCGCCACGUCUCCGACACUACGCGAGGUGGAGACAUGGCUUCCCAUCUGCUUGCCCAAGUUCAACCCGCAAGGCUUUGUGCACGCGUACAUCUCAUUCAUCCGCGAGGAGGUAGGCCUAAUCUUCAUCUCUGCCGAUAGAGACGCCUUCGAGCCGCUGUGCGGAUGGCGCGAGCUGGUGGUGGAGCAGCUCUCGCGGGACGGGGCCCUCGACCGCAUCGCAGCGUGCGUCAAGAACCACCCGUACACUGUUGCAGAGAUUGGAUCGCCAGGUCUGCGACACUUCGUGUACAAGAACCGUGGCAUGGUGCAGAUCACCUCGCCCGAGUGGGAGGAGCCGUACACGAAGGGCAGCGAGGCACGUCGCCGCCUCGUCACGCUCUACCAGAAGGCGCAGGAUGCGUUGUUCGCGCGCCCGGGCACAGGGCAACCAACACCGCUGAGGCUGCUCUACCUUGCUGGGCCACACGAGGCUGUCCUCGCCUGGCUGACCCGCCCUUUCGAGUUGUACGUGGCCGUCUCCCCGCACCUCCCCAUGAACGCGGUCGUAGCUACCGCCAACCGUGUCGCUAAGUGGGUGAACCUCGAGGAGAGCCGCCUGUUCCUCCGAGACGCACCGGUCUUUUAG